AUGCCUAACGUGUGUCAGUUGGUGCUGACCGCCACACGCUGUGUUCUAUAUCCUCCUGAACAACGGUUGAACAGCCUAAGGAAGCUCUUUGAUUCGACAGUAGUUGAUUCUGGACUGAAAGAAUUGGCAGAACACGCCACUCGAGAAAUGCCGAUACACAGAGAUUCGACGAAAAUGGGAAACCGUAACCUCAGGACCAGAGAAAACAAGAGAGCAUCGAGGCCCCCGCGCCGGUACACAGCGUCCGACCUCAGUCUUCAGCACCACCUGGAGCCGACGUCAAAGGGAUUCGACGCCCCACACGAGCCGGACCAACACCCACCUCCUUACCAUGACAUGUACCCUAAUAUGGUACGUAGCAGUCCCGAUGCGAAGCAGAUGUUCGAGCGGGUGGCGGAUCUGACCCAGGGCGCCCGAGAGUCAUUUCGGGACUUCUGCAACAGGACCUCUGCUCAUGGUUUUAGCCACGUGAUGGAAGACAACCUGCCUCUUCUCCUUCGUGUGUUCUGGCUCUUGGUCACCAUCACAGGCCUGGUCCUCCUCAUCUCUGCGACGAGCGAGGUCACCCACAGCGCCUUCGUCAGCCGCCGCCCCACCACCGAGGUCGUCUACAGGGACAUGCGCAGCGAGGGCGUCCGAGUUCCGUACAUCACCGUCUGCAGUCUCUCGGGCUUCUGGAAGUCCAAGUUGAGAAGACACAACGUGAGCAACGCCCUGGCCUCCUACAUCCUGCUGGCGGUGCGGGGGACGGAGGCCAUCAGCUCGCAGCUCGAGACGGACCCCAAGACCAAGAUCCUCCUCAGGACCGAGCUCGAGGACUACCUGAGGACGCGGAAUGUCACCCUCGAGCAGCUCGUCAUCAUGCUCUCGCCGACCUGUAAGGAGGUCAUCAUAGGAUGUUACAGCCCUACCAGCGGAUCCUACAGCGAGCAAUGCUGCAACGACGCCUUCACGCACGCCACCGUCACCAACAUGGGCGUGUGCUACUCCACCCUGGGCCUGAACAACGCCUACAAGGGCGCCAACCUCACGCAGACCAUCGCGGGCCUCAUGGGCGGACACAAGAUCAUCUUCUCCGUCAGGAGUGAGGAGCAGAUGGAGUACGACCCGAAGGUGGUUUCGACGACCAGCCUGUCGGAGGAGGGCGUCCACGUGUCGCUCUCCAACUUCCCGGUCACGCCCACCGUGGCCGCCAACAUGCAGGCCGUCCGCGUCGCGCCCAACACCGCCGCCUCCGUCGCGCUCUCCGUCACCACGAUCGACCGCAGGGAGAAAUACCAGGAGAUCUGGCCGUGGUCGAGGCCGACCUGCAUCACGGAGGAGAAGUUCUGGAGGCUGAGCGAGGCGGAGAGAGCGCACACCGAGAACAACCUCUACUUCGCCUUCUACUACCGAGUGUGUCCGCUCGAGCACACCGGCUGCACGGCGCUGCCCUUCCGCCUCGAGGAGGACCCCACGCGCGAGUGCAUGCCAUGGGAUGUGCUCCAUCACAAUGCUAUGAAGCAAAACAUGUCCCGGUGUGUCAAGGAUCAUCUUGAGAAACAUGAUUACGGCAGGAGCGAGAUGUGCCUGAGCACCUCCAUCAACCAGCAGCAGAGUUACACAACCAUAAUCAAGGACGUUCUGCAGGACCUUCACGGGAAGCCGAUUCACCCCAACCUCACACUGUCCAUGGUCAACAUCUAUUACUCCGAACUCGGCUACACUGAAUACUACGAGCGGGUCCCUACAUUUUUAACUUGGUUUAGUGACCUCGGGGGGCAAAUGGGACUGUUCCUCGGCGCCUCCUUCAUCACCAUCGUGGAGUUCUACUUCGCCCUCUGCUACGUCCUUCGGGUCCUGUUAACGAAGUCCUUCCGAGCCCUGUCCCAAAUCCUGAAGGAGUUUGCCAAGAAAGGCAGUUCUCAGGACGCUAUAUUUAUAUUGCUCUGA